CGUUCACCCACGAGAAGAGCUCCGAUCGUCUAACAUCAUGUCCUCAGACGUCCAGCUGCGUGACCAAACGGACCCACUGCGCACCUGCGACCGGGAGAGCAGACACCCGCCGGUGGCCGGAGCGACUGAGAGCAGGUGUCAGAAGUGAUACGUCCUGCCUAAAGUGAACUGACUGACUACACCAGAGUCUGGACACCAUGGAUACAAUUAACUUCACCUUCUGGAAUGCCUCUGAGGCCAACGAGACCAUGGAGACGGUGGACGAGAGUCCAUAUAAGACUGUGGAGGUGGUGUUCAUUGUACUCGUGGCCGGCUCACUUAGUCUGGUCACUGUGAUCGGGAACAUCUUAGUCAUGCUCUCCAUCAAGGUAAACAGGAGCCUGCAGACCGUCAACAACUACUUCCUGUUUAGCCUGGCCUGUGCUGACCUCAUCAUUGGCCUUUGCUCUAUGAACUUGUAUACAGUCUACAUUGUGAUUGGAUACUGGCCACUUGGCCCGGUCGUGUGUGACUUGUGGUUGGCGCUGGACUAUGUGGUGAGCAACGCCUCCGUCAUGAACCUGCUCAUCAUUAGCUUUGAUCGCUACUUUUGCGUCACCAAGCCGCUCAGCUACCCGGUGAAGAGGACGACGAAAAUGGCUGGCAUGAUGAUUGCGGCAGCUUGGGUGUUGUCUUUUAUCCUCUGGGCGCCAGCCAUCUUGUUCUGGCAGUUUAUUGUCGGUGGACGCACCGUGCCAGAAAGAGAGUGCUACAUUCAGUUCUUCUCCAACGCUGCGGUUACUUUCGGCACAGCUAUAGCUGCUUUCUACCUGCCCGUUAUUAUCAUGAUUGUGCUGUACUGGCAGAUAUCCUGUGCCAGCAAGAGCCGCGUCAAGAAAGAUAACCGCAAGCCAUCAGGCGGCAACCUUGGUGUAGCUUCGCCCAAUCAGACCCGUGAAAACUUGGCCAACAAACCCAACAAACCCAACAACAACAACGUAAAAGCUGAAGAAGCAGACCGAGGUCAGACCCAGAUAACAGAUGAUGCAGCCAACCAGCACAACACCAAACUUCAGAACGGCAAAGCGCCAUCCACAGCUAGCAGAGAAGUGGAAGGGGAAGGCGAAGAGGGAGCUCGAGGAAACUGCGUUCCUGCCGAGGAGAAAGAAAGCUCCAAUGACUCCACCUCUGGCAGUGGCGCCGUAACCAAUCAGAAAGAGGAGGCGGCGCCAUCUAGAGCCAACGACAGCCAAGGUCCCACAAGGCUUUGCGCCAAAGCUGGAGGUUCCAAACUUACGUGCAUCAAGAUCAACACCAAAUCGCCAAAAGGAGAUUGCUACGCUCCCUCGAACGCAACCGUGGAGAUCGUUCCGGCCGCCGAGAGGCAGAACCACGUGGCGAGGAAGAUCGUGAAGAUGACCAAGCAGCCGCCCAAGAAGAAAAAAGCGCCGGCCUCGCGGGAAAAGAAGGUGACGCGCACCAUCAUGGCCAUCCUGGUGGCGUUCGUGGCUACCUGGACGCCCUACAACGUGAUGGUCCUCAUCAACACCUUCUGCUCCAGCUGCAUUCCCAACACGGUGUGGACCAUCGGAUACUGGCUCUGUUACAUCAACAGCACCAUCAACCCCGCCUGCUACGCCCUCUGCAAUGUCACCUUCAAAAAGACCUUCAAACAACUGCUGCUCUGCCAGUACAAAAACAUACGCUCGACCCGAUGAACAUCACUAUAGUGUGGAUGUGUGCAUGCAUGUGUGCAUUGUUAUAAUUUUACUUGUGUUUUGAUGAUAACAGACGUGUGUGUAUACAUGUGAAAAGGGAGCAGGGGAAGUGACAGUAAAGGGGCGUUCACAUUGAGCACAUUCAUAUGCACGUUCUUACACUUACAAGGUCCCAUAAACGCCUUAAACUGUUUUACUUUAUUUGGGUCAUAAACGGUUUAAGCAACUAACGAUCGGGACACUAUUUACACGAUUUUGCAAAGGUGUAAACACCUUUUAGUUGUCUGCGAAUUGCAGUGCAUUUAAUUGUACUCCAUGACUAAUUAUUAAAUCAGAUUCCUACUCGACUGCAGUAUCUGCGCUCCUUCUGUUGUCCCGUAUGUUGCUACCCACAGCAAAAAGUUAAAGUCCUCUUAACGCUCACUCAUGUCGCCUCAAAUCGCCAACAAUAAAUGACUUCCGGUCGCUGCCGAUUGCUGUCAGUGUGAACGCCCCUUAAGUCAGUCGCAAUUCAAACAGAGAUUGGAAAGCGGAUUAUUGAACAGGCCCGCAUGGAAUCUGUGCCAGCUGAAGGGUCCAAAUUUAGUCAAAAAGUACAAAUCCUCCAUUUAUAAAAUGCUUUGCUCUCAGCUUCCAAUAAGACUGUGUUACUCUGAGCUCCAACCCACAAAUUGUCCCGUAAAAUCCAGAUUUCGUGCGGGCCUGAUAAUAAGUAUUUCUGGGUCUGAUA